AUGAAAAGGCUAGCUUAUAAUCGAACUCAGAUGCUUUUUAGUGGUUUGUUAUUGCUAUCGCUGUUUUUAACGUUUGUUACCCCAGAAACUAACACGUCCGAAUCUCCAAGUUCUGUAGCCUCACGUCAGAACAACAAACAUUUCCUACUCCCAUCGAGCAUUUAUACCAAAGGUCCACUUAAGCUCUUCCCAACCGUAAAAAAGUCAAGUUCAACAGUUGUUACCAAAAUCGAAACGACGAGCGUUGUAUGCGCUAAGCUGGUCAACGUCACCGGGCCUUGUCUACGACGAAGAGGAGCCUGGGUUGAAGAACCCAUCGUCCUGAGCUUCCACGGAGACUUUGACGAUGCCUUCGACCUUAAGUAUUCACCAGUUCUUAGAGUUGAGACAACCGCAGCUCCGGAGAGUACGACGUUUGACGAAUCCCGAUUGAAUGACCCAUCAACCGCAGUCGCUUCAUCUGUUCGUGAUAGCGAAGAAAAUCAGCGACUGAAUGGAUUACCAAUCUUCUUCUUUCGUGGUAUCAGUCGCUGGUUUUUUUCUCUUCUCUCGCAGUUUGUCGAAACUAAGGUACCGCUACCAAUCAACACAAUAAUUUUUCAACGAACCAUCACCGUUACCCAGACAUCAACUGUUGUCAAUACCGUCUUCGUUCAACGGUGCACUCCGUCGCCCUUUCCCUUUUCAUUGUGUCGCGAAAGGAAAUCGCAUUCGAACUAUUAUCGAUAGUUACGUAAAAAGAACAUUUAUAUGAAUGUUCUGCUCAAAUUUGAUAAACAACUGCUUUUACCAUUUAUUUAUUAUUAUACUGUAGUGCAUAAACUUUUGAAAUCCGUUAUUUUAUUGGAAUGUGCAUCUGGCUGGUGUGAAAAAAUCACCCACAUUUGUGUAAGAUAUAAUUAACCAGUCAUAUCAUGA